CGGCCGACGCUAUUCCAGAGUGGGAAUAGUACUGGACGUCAACAUCCCCGACACGCCUGGGCUGUGCGAAGCGGCUCGAGACAAAGUUAACUUGGGUUUCUGUCAAUGUCCCCUUUUGUUGGUUUAGCGGCUCUGAUAGACAAAAAGCAUCCUUUACUUUUGUCGAGUUGAUCAGUUUUCUUCCGUACAUUUCGAUUUUCUAUUAGCAAAUCAGCUCUUACUAGUCGCAUUCCGAGACCGUUGCCUUCUACUACUACAUCUUUGUCGCGCUGACACUUGUCCAAAAUCCUGAGUCCGCUAGCACCUCAGCCCUGAAAGCUGUCCGUAUUGCUCCCCUACCUCGAUGGGACGGUAAACGAGUGCCUUCACAAACUCCGGUAAUCGAAGCAUGAGAAAUGUCAAGGUCCGCUACGCCUGCGCUCCCUUUUCAUAAUGCCCAGGUUUCUGGUUCAAGAUCUCCGUCGACCACGCCUGCGGGAGUGCGCUCCAGUGCCGUACCUUCAGCUUCUACCUCGACCUAUUCGCAGUUAGACCCUCAGGAGACCGCGGAUCGCCUCCAAACAUCCCUCAUCCACGGACUUACCCCGGCGGAGGCGGAGAUACGUUAUCUACAAGAUGGCCCUAACGAGCUACCUCACGAAGAACCGGAGCCUUUAUGGCUGCGCUUCCUCAAGCAGUUCAAGGAAACCCUGAUUCUCCUCCUCCUCGCCUCCGCCGCAAUCUCGUUCUUCAUGGGCAAUUAUGAUGAUGCUGUUAGCAUUACACUAGCUGUGACGAUUGUCGUCACAGUUGGGUUUAUCCAGGAAUACCGAUCCGAGAAGUCUCUAGAAGCUUUGAAUCGCCUAGUUCCACAUCACGCCCAUCUGAUCCGUGAUGUCCCCGCGAACGGCGCACCGAUUAUUCACCCUACUCCAGCGGUUCCCGACGAGGAAUUCGAGAUGCGGGAGCUGCGGAGCAAGAGCCCGAGCUCCAGUACGGCCUCCGCAGCGGUCAAGGCUUCAACCACUGUGCCAGCUGGCGAGCUCGUACCAGGAGACUUGGUUUUGUUUACAGUCGGAGACCGAAUUCCCGCCGACAUUCGCAUUACCGCUGCAACAGAUCUAACUAUUGACGAAUCGAAUCUCACUGGCGAGAACGAACCUGUCGCCAAGUACCCGGACGCCAUCCGUCAUCCGAAGAACCUUCCUACACACUCGCCCAAGAUUGUUAGCCCUCCCCGGUCUCCGUUCUACGAUGCACCGGCUAGUGGAGCGGUUGGUGCGGAUAUCCGUCUAAAUGAACAGCACAAUAUCGCGUUUAUGGGGACCUUGGUUCGAUCCGGCUAUGGUCAAGGACUUGUCAUAGGCACCGGGGCCAAAACUGAGUUUGGCAGCAUUUCAGCAUCGCUCCAGGAAAUCGAGAGCCCGCGUACGCCUUUGCAACUAUCGAUGGAUCGACUAGGCCAGGAGCUGAGUUACAUCUCUUUUGGGGUCAUUGCUUUGAUUGUGGUCGUAGGCUUGAUUCAAGGCCGCAAGCUUCUUGACAUGUUCACCAUUGGUGUUUCACUUGCGGUUGCCGCUAUUCCGGAAGGCUUGCCAAUCAUUGUAACCGUGACCCUCGCGCUUGGGGUCCUGCGCAUGGCAUCCAGGGGGGCCAUCAUGCGCCGACUUCCUAGCGUCGAGACGCUUGGCUCGGUGAAUGUCGUCUGCAGUGACAAAACCGGAACCCUUACGCUCAAUCAUAUGACAGUCACUAAGAUGUGGCAUUUUGACUGCCCUGAACCAUUCGAGGUACACAAUGAUAUUGCGUCACUAACGCCAGGCCCAGCUGCCCGCACUGUUCUGCGGAUUGGCAAUAUUGCCAAUAAUGCAAGGUUGUCGCGUGUGCAUGCCAAUUCGCCCGCUACCGCCUCAUCUGCGGCGGUCCUGUCGUCCACCGAUGAUAACGCCUCCGGGUCAAUGAAGAGUAGGUGGGUCGGGCAGCCAACCGAUGUUGCAGUUCUAGAUUUGCUUGAUGUUUUUGGAGAAGACGAUGUCCGGGACCGCCUGUGCGCGCGGGUUGCUGAAACUCCAUUUAGCUCCGAGCGCAAGUGGAUGGGUGUGAUUAUCGGCAGCGGAACACCCGGAGAGCCGUCGGCUUCGUCUGGCCCUAGCAUGGCCUAUAUCAAAGGUGCCUUGGAACAAGUUCUGGCGCGUUGCGAUACGUACUUGACAAAGGACGGUCGCGAGGUCAUCCUAGAUGAGCCGCGACGCCAAGCUGUGCGUCACGCCGCCGAACACAUGGCGUCGGAGGGACUCAGAGUCCUAUCCUUUGCCAGUGGGCCAGUCAGAGAGGCCCGGGGAAGGUCAAUUGGAAGCAGGUCAGCGACGCCUCUCAAGGCUGAUUCUGGAGAUGAGGAUGACCGUUACACCGGCUUGGUCUUUGCAGGAUUGGUAGGCAUGAAUGAUCCUCCACGCAGGGACGUUCACAAGGCCAUUCGCCGUCUUAUGGCUGGAGGUGUAAGGGUCAUCAUGAUCACCGGUGACGCCGAGACCACGGCCGUGGCGAUUGCAAGGAAGCUCGGAAUGCCCAUUGCUGAAACACUGGGAGCACGGAAUGUUCUCAGCGGUCAUGACAUUGACCGAAUGGGCACGGCAGAACUGUCUCAGGCGCUUUCGUCAGUCUCGGUUUUUGCUCGUACCAGCCCCGACCACAAGAUGAAGAUUGUUCGCGCUCUACAGUCUCGCGGGGAUGUCGUUGCUAUGACGGGAGAUGGCGUAAAUGAUGCGCCUGCAUUGAAGAAGGCCGACAUUGGAAUUGCGAUGGGCAAGCUCGGUACGGACGUGGCCAAAGAAGCGGCCGACAUGAUUCUCACAGACGACGACUUUUCCACAAUUCUACGCGCGAUCGAACAGGGUAAGGGGAUCUUCUAUAACAUACAGAAUUUCAUCACUUUCCAGCUCAGCACCAGCGUCGCCGCUCUCAGUCUUGUUUUGUUGAGCACCACUCUUGGCUUCAAGAACCCGCUGAAUGCAAUGCAGAUUCUCUGGAUUAAUAUUCUCAUGGACGGUCCACCGGCACAAUCACUCGGCGUGGAGCCAGUAGAUCCCUCCAUCAUGAGCCGGCCUCCCCGGCCCAAAUCUGCGCGGGUGCUCACGAAACCUCUCAUCCAACGAGUCCUCAUGUCCGCUCUAAUGAUAAUGCUGGGCACGCUCAUCAUCUACAUCUACGAAAUGGGCGACGACGACGACGUGCAAACAGGUAAACGCUCCCGGGUCGUAACAGCCCACGACACAACAAUGACAUUCACCUGCUUCGUGCUCUUCGACAUGUUCAACGCCCUCACCUGCCGCAGCGAGAGCAAAUCCGUCCUCCGCGGCGAGCUCCCGCUCUUCGGCAACAAGAUGUUCAAUUACGCCGUGCUGGGCUCACUUGCAGGGCAGGCGUGCGUCAUCUAUCUCCCAUUCCUGCAGCGCGUGUUCCAGACCGAGCCGCUAAAUCUGGCGCAUCUGUUUAAGUUGGUCUGUAUUUCGAGCAGCGUCUUCUGGGUCGAUGAGGGGAGGAAAUACUACGUGUCGCUGAAGCGGCGGCGUGCGGUGGGCGGUGGAUAUAGCGUGAAUGUGUAGAAGAUACAAUCUUGUAUAGAAUCGCUUGUACAGUUUUUUUAUAUAGUUAUACUACCUAAUAAUGAGGAACGAUCUGUGGCCAUACAUCUUUGAUCCGGAG